AUGAAUUAUCCGUUUGCGUCACAUCAUCAACAGGAUCUGAUAAAUGCUGUGAUAUCGGUUUUAGAUGCGCCGAAGGAGGCUACGACGGUUUCGCAGGUGUAUUCGAAUGAGAAGAAUACGGCGACGGAGGUACAGGCAUAUGCCAAGAUAUCAGGGAAGGAUUGGACGUAUUAUGUCAAGGAUAUGAUAACGAGCAUUGGGCGAAAUACAUCGCCUCAAGACCAUUCGAUACACAUAGACUUGGGGCCUGCGAAGGUGGUUUCGAGACAGCAUGCUAGUAUUAGUUUUAAUCUGAACACAGGUAUCUGGGAAUUACGGGUUCUGGGUCGAAACGGAGCAAAGAUCAACUUCCAUAGGAUUCCGUCUGGACCAAACACGAAUCCGGUACCUCUUUCUUCAGGUACGAUUUUAGAUAUUGGAGGGACGCAGAUGAUGUUUAUAUUACCCGAUCAGGGUCCGUUUAUCGAUCCAUCUGCUUUAAGUUACCUGAAUCCUAAACUGGCGGCAGCAUACGCUCAUACGACAACAAACCCCCUGUUACAAGAAUUGAUUAAAAAUGCACCGUUGCCCACUCGUGAUGUAAAGGGACCGGGCGAUACACAGAUGACCACAUUCAAAAUGUACCAUAAUCAAUAUCAGGCACCCACACAGUAUCAUGACCAAAAUUCGAACCACGGUGCUAUGUACGGAACCAUAAUAGAUCCUGGUUUCCCGAACAGCAAGGACCUUGCAACAGACCUAUCCCGUGACGAAAACAGGAAUGUGAAGCCACCGCACUCGUAUGCGACUAUGAUAACACAGGCAAUCCUAUGUUCUCAUGAUGGUGAGCUUUCGCUUUCAGCCAUUUACAAGUACAUAUCAGCCAAUUAUGCCUUUUACCGGCAUACGAAAUCUGGCUGGCAAAAUUCAAUUAGACAUAAUCUCUCAUUGAACAAGGCAUUUGAAAAAGUUCCAAGGAAGCCUGGUGAACCUGGGAAAGGUAUGAAAUGGAGGAUUAGCGAAGACUACCAGCGUGAAUUUUUAGAAAAAUGGCAUACUGGAAGGAUUGGAAAGGUGAGGCGUGGAUCUUCUGUAGCAAGGCAAUUGCAGCUGCACAUGUCCAGAUACAAUAAUUUGCCAAUCCAAAACGCUAGUAACUCUAAUAUAACGCAAAGACAGCAGCAGCAGCAGCAACCACAGAAGGAGCAGCAACAAAUACAACCAGAGUCGCAACAGCUACAACAAAACCAACUCAGCUCGAUGCAGAGUAGCUUAUCUGCUUCAUCGUCAACACCUUCUGCAACAUACUCUACGGCUUCAAAUAGUCAUGGUUCGCCUGUUAGGUAUCACUCUCCACCUUCGCAGGAAAAUAUUCCACAAGGAAAAACGAGAGUACCGCAAACAACAAUGUCGUUACCUAUUCGUCAGUCCCAAACAACUGUUAACCAGCAGAAGCUAUCGGUGUCUCGAGAAACGCCACCACCACCACCAGCUCCACAGCAGCAGCAGCAGCAGCAGAAGCCACGUCCAAGUCAACUAACAGCCUCUACGUCAAAUACGUCCCUUCCUUCAUUAUCAGGCCUUCGUGCCUCUCCGCAGCCUUCCUUGUCAGCAGGGACCCUACCAACUACAGCUCCACAACUCUCUCCAGUAAAUGAUUCUCUGCUACACUCUCCACCAAAGAGAUUUCACAUUUCAGCGGUGGAAGCAUAUACCCCAGAAAGGGGGUCCCAACAUAUAUCCAGGUCUCCAACCCAGUCUGGCGGCGGAGGGCUAACAUCGGCGCAACUCCCACAACAGCAAACCCAAAUGUUGAAUUCUGGCAAUCUCCAAAGCCAUAACGGCCAACCACUGACGAACCAAAGCAGUCCAGGCGUUUGGAACUUAUUACAGUUUUCUUCAGUCAAUAACACACCCGCAACGAAUGCACAUGGUUCAGGUGCGCCAAAUUUUAAUUCUCAAAACAGCGGUCCUGUAUCAGCAAGCAAUAGUGCUGCAACUGCUAAACACAGUCAUGAUCCGGUCACUUCAAGCGCUGAGAAAGACCAAACCCUAACAUCAAGUCCUAUAACGAAGAAUCGUGCCGGCAAGAACGAUGACCACACAGAUGGCAAACUGAUUCUAGAUACCGAUAGCGCAAAAGUUAGUCUAGUGAAAAGUGAUGGCUCCCCCUAA